AUGCCAAACCACCAAAUCGUGUCUCCGACUGGAGACCCUGAAAAGGGUCCUCAUGGACAGUAUGGGUACGAGACCAACGAAGAACCAUUUGUGCAUGGACACGGCACCCUUGCUGAGGCGACUGGAACUGGAGGCGCGACCCACCGUGGGUUGAAGAGUCGCCAUAUCCAAUUUUUGGCUCUCGGUGGUGCUAUUGGAACCGGUCUUUUCGUCGGAUCAGGUGCAAUCCUUGCACUUGUGGGACCCGCGCCGCUAUUCAUGGCCUAUCUUUCCAUGAUGAUUGUGGUGUGGUGUAUUAUGAACGACUUGGCUGAGAUUGUCACGUAUCUCCCGAUGAACGGCAUCACGAUUCCUUACUUCGUCAAGCGUUUUGUAGACCCAAGUCUGGCUUUUGCUGCUGGCUGGAACUAUUGGUAUGCGUAUGCGAUUCUCGUAGCAGCUGAAGCAACGGCUGGUGCAAUUCUUUUGAGCUACUGGGAAACGCCUGUGCACAAUGCCGUCUGGAUCACCAUUUUCCUCGUUGUUGUGCUCUUCCUCAACAUCGUAGCAGUCGAAGUUUUUGGUGAAGCCGAGUUCUGGUUCGCGUCCAUCAAAUUCAUCACGAUCAUGGGUUUGAUCAUCCUAGGAUUCGUGAUCAUGCUCGGUGGCAGUCCAAACGAUCAGGGGCGACUCGGCUUCCGAUACUGGAAAAACCCAGGAGCUUUCAAGCCCUAUAUAGUAGGCGGGAACACUGGAAAGUUUUUGGCAUACUGGACGGCCUUCAUUCGAGCUGGAUUCGCCUUUAUCGUUUCUCCUGAGCUGAUUGCACUCUCUGCUGGAGAGACGAUUGCGCCUCGCCGAAACAUUCCUAAAGCCGCGGGACGAUUUGUGUACCGUCUGGCUGUUUUCUACGGAUUCGGUUCAUUCAUCAUUGGAGUGAUUGUCCCAUCCGAUGACCCUCGACUUCUCAGCCCCAGCUCAAACGCGACCGCAUCUCCAUUCGUUAUCGGAAUCCAGAGGGCUGGAAUUGCUGGCCUGCAACACGUCAUCAACGCCGCCAUUCUCACAUCCGCCUGGUCUGCUGGAAACGCUUUCCUUUUCUCCGGAUCGCGUGUUCUUUACGGCAUGGCUCUGAACAAAGAAGCCCCCAAGUUCUUCGCUAAAACGACAAAGAAGGGUGUACCAUGGACAGCAGUAUUGGCAACAUGGGCAGUCGGAUUCUUGGCCUACUUGAACGUUUCCAGCUCCGGAGCGCAAGUUUUCACCUGGUUCUCCAAUAUCUCCACCAUUUCCGGCUUCAUUGCAUGGAUCGUCGUCAUGAUCACGUACUUGCGUUUCCGCAAGGCCAUGGAGUUCAACAACAUGCUUUCCGAACUGCCAUACCGCACAAAGUUCCAGCCAUACAUGACAUACUUCACCCUAUUUAUUGUCUCGCUCCUCACACUUACGAACGGAUUCCAAGUCUUUACAUCCGCCCGGUGGGAUGUCGCUGAUUUCCUAGCUGCGUACAUCACGCUUCCUAUUUUCCUCGUGUUGUACCUUGGCCACAAGAUCUACUUCAAGACGCCAUUCUUUAUCCACACGCAGCAUAUUGAUGUCAUGUCUGGCAAGAGGGAGAUGGAUGAGCUGUGCAAGAAUGAUAUCUCAGCCCGACUUGGUGUCUUACAAGAAUGCAAGACACUUCUUGAGUUCAUUGAGCUCGCGCUAGCACGAUGCGAGCAGGAAGCCGGGAAAGAUUUUCAAAAUUUUGGGAAGAUGUUGAAGUGGCCGUUCAAAGAGAAGGAGACGAAGGAUGCUCUGCAACGGUUACAUCAGCUUCGUGGUGUGCUGGCGAAUGCCGUGGAGGUAGACUCGGCGCGCAUCGAGACUGUUCAAGUUCUAUUGGUGGAUGGCAUGCGUUCCUUGACCACAAAGGUAGAGACUCAGAUGAGUCGAGAAGAGUCGCAGAAAGUGCUCUCCUGGUUAUGUCCACUUCCCACCACUGGAGCGCAUGUCAGUCUCGAAAACGCACUGGCUCGCCGUCUGUCUGGUACUGGAGAGUGGUUUCUUCAAUCCAGGAUCUUCACCCAUUGGUUGGUAUCCAAAAAUAGCGCUGAGACAAGUUCGAUCUGGAUCACCGGUCUCCCCGGCUCAGGCAAGACCCUGCUUUGUGCCUCUGCUAUCCAGAGGCUACUGGCUCUCCAGACGGAGAGGACUGAAUAUAUGACUAUCUUAUACUUCUUCUGCGAUCAUCGCGAUCCCGCCAAAGUCACGCACGACAGCUUCCUUAUGACCCUGACGAAACAGAUACUCGACCACUCACCCGACUUCAUGGAGCAAGCCAAGAAAAUCUACGACGAAAAGGCUAGUAACGGCGAGCGCAUGUUCAAUCGAACCGACUACAUCUCCCUGAUACAAUCUUUCAUGAGCCUCUGCAAACAUGUCUUCAUUUUCUGCGACGCGCUGGACGAGUCAUCUGAGGGCGAUGAGAUUGCAAACAGUCUUGGGAAUCUUUUUGAAUAUGGCCAGAAAUGUGAUGUUUCUACCAGGGUACUCAUGACGAGUCGCUUUGAUGUGCAACUGGAACGUCGACAUGCUACCCUAACGACCAAUCGAGUGGCGCUGGCAGAGAACAUGAAGCCAGACAUCGACCAGUAUGUCACUACUGAAGUGGGAAGUCGUGUUGAGAAGGGCACUUUGAAGAUGAGAGAUAAGAAUUUGCAGUCCUCGAUACAGGAGCAGGUUGCGUCGCGCGCUGGCACAAUCCUUCAUGCUCGCAUGCAGCUGGACUACUUCAGUACUGCCAGAAACGACAAAGACCUCAAAGCCAUGAUCACUAAUCUGCCCAAUGGACUUGAGCAUACAUAUGAGACAAUUCUUAGUCAUAUGGCAUCUACGUAUCCCGACUGCGUAGAAAACAUGAAGAUUCUCUUGCAGUGUCUAGUCGUCGCUUCUCCAACGCUCACUGCAUCAGAUCUUGCCGAGAUUCUAGCCAUGGGACCUGAGCAAGCAUUUCUGGAUUUCGACUUGGUGUCGACGGAUCCUUACGAUGAGCUAGAGGUCAUUGCACCUUUAGUGGUCCUAACAAAAAUAAGGAAGACGCAUGGCAUUGUUAAGCUUGCACAUUACUCACUCGACGAAUACUUGUCGUCUCCUCGCAUACUGCAAAGUCAAGCAAGACAAUUCCAUGUCAACCCCGAAGAGGCCAAUGCAUGGCUGGCUUCAAUAUGUCUCCAGUACCUUACAUUUGACAUCUUCAAUCUGUCCAGACAUCAAAUGUCUAAAUCUGACUUUCCUUCUCUCGAACAAUAUAGCUUCCGCCGCUAUGCAGCACUCAACUGGUUCAGACACUACCAGCAGGCAAAGCGCACCGCAGGUUUCAGCGAACAAUGCAAACCCUACCUAGGCCGACUCUUCAGCGACGAGGACGGCUCACCAUGUUUUAAGCACUGGCGAUGGAUUUACCAACAAGAAUACCCAUACGACGAAUCACCUCGCUACUCCCCAGUCUGCUUCGCCAUAAGCCAAGGCCUCGACGACAUCGUCGAAGACCUGUUACCGCGCCUCUCAGAUAUCAACAUACCACAAACCGACGGCUACACUUGCCUCAACAUCGCCGCGAAAUGGAAUCGCCCAACUACCAUCCGCAAACUCCUCGCCCUCGGGGCUGACAUCAACGAACCUGGCAGCAGGCAAUCCACACCCCUCCAUCUGGCGGCUGAGUUCGCUAGUCGAGACGCAUGCGACGUGCUCUUGGAUGCUGGUGCGGAUUCACACGCGCGCUCAUUGUCCGGAUCGACAGCGUUCUACCGCGCAUGUCGUGGCGGAGACGUCCAUAUCGUCCAGCGCUUGAAAGACUGCGGCAGCGAUAUAAACGCCCAAACAAGCGACUCCUGGACGCCGAUCAUGGAAGCCGUAGAGAAUGGGCAUGAAGCGGUUGUCGACUUGCUACUCGGCUGGGGCGCGGAUUUGAGUGUUAAAACUCGUCAGAAGUGGACGGUUUUGCUGCUUGCGGAGGACGGAUUCAAUCUUGCGCCGAAUCGACGGAUUAUUGAGAAAUUGAAGAGGGCUGUGGGUAGAGAGGCAUAUCGGGACUCUGUAAAUGAGGUGGUGCUAGAAGAGAAGGCGAUGGGCGAGGAAGACGCGGUUGGGAUUGAGGUUGAGAAGACAACAUAUGAGGGGGUUGAGCUUACUAGACAACGUAAUACUCUUGCGAGUAUCCCUAGCUGGGUUCCAGGCGUAAUAAGACCGCCAAAUGUAUAG